AUGAUCCCCCUCCGGUCAGCCGUGAGGCCGGGGGUGCCUCGAGAAGCACUUCUGUGCUCGCGAUUCUCAUUCAGGGCAAGGCCAUUGUCUGUCCGCGGGUUCCUCUCGUCCUCGCACAGGCGAUCGGGCAUCGCGGAUGACCAGGCCUCUUCGGCAUUCCGCCGUACUUAUUUCUCUGCCAAUCGAUUGUACGAUGGUUCAGAGGCUAAGGGCGGCUUGCUCUCUUCCUUUGAAUCCGCCAAUCCCUCCCAUAAUUCGACCUCACCCAAUUCUCCGGCCGCAAGCGAAACCCCGACACACACCAAUUCGACAGAGACGGUGUCAACGAGGCCAAUUACGACAGAACAAACCAUACACGAAUUACCGCACCGACGGAGGAAACGUCUUAAGGAUUCCGAGACCGGCCAAACGGAGCAAGCAAUCCCACUCGAUGCAUCGGCACAAUUGUCCAAGUUCUCAUCCGCCCUCCCCACUACCUCCCUCCGCCGCAAGCUCGCGGCCUUUCUCGCCCUCACAAAACCCCGACUUUCUUUCCUGAUUCUCCUUACCACCACAUCUGCAUAUGGGAUGUACCCGAUCUCGAAUCUCCUCACCCUCGAUCCGGCCAUGACCCCGCUGCCGACUCUUUCGACCUCGACCCUCACUUUCAUAUACUUGACCACGGGCACAUUUCUAUCCUGUUGUAGUGCCAAUACGCUGAACAUGAUGUUCGAGCCGCAAUACGAUGCGCUGAUGGCCCGUACGCGCAACCGUCCCUUGGUUCGCGGGCUGGUCUCGCGCCGCGGGGCGCUGCUUUUCGCCAUUGGCACUGCGACGGCCGGUCUCUCACUGCUCUACAUCGGAACCAACCCAACCACCACCGCACUAUCUGCUGCAAAUAUCGUCUUGUAUGCCUUCGUAUACACGCCGCUGAAACGCAUCCACGUCAUCAACACCUGGGUUGGCGCCGUGGUUGGUGGCAUCCCCCCGUUGAUGGGCUGGGUCGCGGCAGCGGGCCAGACGGCAACGACGGGCCACGACACCUGGCGCGAUAUGCUCUUUAGCGAGGACAGCAUUGGAGGCUGGCUGUUGGGAGGUGUAUUGUUCGCCUGGCAAUUCCCGCACUUUAACGCGCUCUCCCACAUCAUCCGGGAGGAUUACAAGGCCGCCGGCUACAGGAUGCUGUGCUGGGUGAACCCGGCACACAAUGCGCGCGUCGCCUUGCGCUAUUCCGUCCUGAUGUUCCCUAUCUCUAUUGGUCUCUGGUGGGUCGGCGUCGUCGGCCACGGGUUCUUGGUCGGCAGCACUGUCGCCAAUGGCUGGCUCGUUCGCGAAGCCUACCGCUUCUGGCAACAACAGGGUGCCCACGGUACGGCGCGCGGCCUCUUCUGGGCCAGUAUCUGGCAGCUCCCCAUUCUCCUGGUCGGCGGCCUCGUGACCAAGAAGGGUCUCUGGGAUGGCGUCUGGCGCAAUCUCUUUGGACAGCCGGAGGAAGACGAUGAAGAGUAUCUGUACUAUGAGGACGAGAAGGACAGCAUUGAGGCCGAGCCCGAGCGUCUUGGGAACACUAAAGCCGGCGCAUCGGUUCCUCCCGCGUCAAAUCGUUCUGUCUUAUCCACAUGA